UAUAAUAAUUUUUUCGGGUUGUUUUCGUUUGCGCGGCGGUGCACAGUCAGUCCGCGCGCGCGCGGGUUUGUUGUCGUUGCGUAGUAUUGUUUUCAUUGCAAACAUUUCCGCGGAAAGGCCGUCGCGUCUCGCGUGUUUCUCUAGUACGGACGACCCGCGACCGUGAAUAUAUAUACAUAUAUAUAUAGACAUAUACACGCACACACACCUAUCGACCGAUAAACGUAUAUAUAUAUAUAUAUAAUCGUGAUUGAACUCGUGGAAUAAUAAUAACAAUAAUAAAAAAAAAAUAUCACUUUUGUCGUUCGAAAUAAAUAAGUUUUUUUUCGCGUAUAUAAUAUUACACACAAUAAUUAAUAACCGUCGCGGUGAGUGGAUACGAUCGGUUAUAUUACAUAUAUUAAUAUUUUACCCAUAGCGUCAUCAUGCACACGCUGUUCGGCGAUCAAAACGCGUACUACCGGACGGGCAUGUACCCGGGCACGUCCAACCCGGCCGCGUAUCCGGGCGCGUACGAGCAGUACGCCCGGUACGGGUACAAUCCGGCGGCCGGUUACCAGGCGUCGCAUCACCAUCACCACCAUCACGUGGUGUCGGCAGCUGCGGCCGCGGCCAAGGACAUGGUCAAGCCGCCGUACUCGUACAUCGCCCUGAUAGCGAUGGCCAUACAGAACGCGUCGGACAAGCGGUGCACGCUCAACGGUAUCUACCAGUUCAUCAUGGAGCGGUUCCCGUACUACCGGGAGAACAAGCAGGGCUGGCAGAACUCGAUCCGGCACAACUUGAGUCUGAACGAGUGUUUCGUCAAGCAGCCGCGCGACGACAAGAAGCCGGGAAAGGGCAGCUAUUGGACGCUCGACCCGGACUCGUACAACAUGUUUGACAACGGGUCGUACCUGCGGCGCCGGAGACGGUUCAAGAAGAAGGACGCGCUCAAGGAAAAGGAGGAGGCGAUUAAGCGGCAGCAAGAGCUCAUGCUGAAGAAGGUCACCGAGGAACAGUGCAAGUUGCUGUUGCACGGCGGCAGCGGCGGCAGCGGCGGCGGCGUCAAGGAGCUGAUGCACGUCGACUGCAACAAGCAGCCGAAAAAAGAGCCGGGCGUACAGCCGCCGUCCACGCCGCACCAGCCGACCGGCGGUGACCCGGCCGCGCCACCGACGUCUGGUGGCCCCGCUCCGUCGGUGGCACCGCCGCCGCCUCCGGCGUAUCACCAGCAUCACCAUCACCUGCAGUACGACAACGAUCACCAGGACGAUUCGCCGUCGGCCACCGCGGGCAAUCACCUGCACCAUCACCAUCACAGGUACAUGACCACUCCGACUGUGGCGGCCGCCGCUGCAGCUGCCGCAGCCGCUACCGGCGAUCACCACCACAAUCACGGUGACGAGUUCGCCUCGCACCAUCACCAGUACGUGGCCGCUGCCGCGGCAGCCGCGGCGGGUCAUCACCGGCCGCCCGGCUGGUAUAGCGCGGAUCCGUCGGACUUUUUCGACGCAGUCGUGCCCAACCCCGUGGCCGCGGCAACGGCGGCCGGUUGUGGGUUCCGCAACUCGCAUCACUCCACUCCUGGCACACACACACAGCUGCAUAACUACUAUCAACUGCAGCAGCAACAACAACAACAGCAACAGCAGCAGCAGCAGCAGCAGCAACAACAACAACAACAACAACAACAGCAGCAACAACCGCACGACGGUAACUCAUCCGUCAAGUUUUCGUCACAACUAUAACGACGACGACUACGACGGGGAAGGGCGAGCUGCUGCUACUGCUGUCAGACGAACAAAUUGUACUCGUCCGCGUGAGAAGCCAGAAAAACGCGUCGCGCGCCGCGACCGAGACGAUUGUGCCGCAGGAAGACGAGAGAGAGAAGAAAAAAAUUCACCAAAUCGAGACACGAACCACAUGCUGCCGGCUGUCACUCCUCGGAAAACGCGCCCGACGACUAGGCUUAUCAGGUGACGGACGGACGGACGGUCGUGCGUGUAUCUAUCGCGGUGGCUCACAGUCCGACGCCCAUUUGUGUGUGUAUGUAUGUGGAUGUGUGGGUGUUUGUGUGUGUGUGUUUGUGUGUGUGUGUGUGUGUGUGUGAGUGUGCAGUCAAUGUUUGUUUUAUAUAUAUUAUAUUAUUAUUAUUAUUAUUUGUAAUUUUUUUCAAUUCAUCGUGUAUUAAACGCUCCGCGAAGAUUCGAUAAUUGUACACAUUUCAAAACAGUACAAUAACGUAUAUACGUAUAAAUAUAAACUAUAGUAUUAUAUUGUAUUUACUGAUAUGAAUUUAAGUUUUGUAUACAAGGUGGCCUACCGUGAUUUCCCAUUUUCCUGCGUUAGCUAAUAAUAAUGGUCAUCGGGAAAACUCGUGGACCAUCGCGUGUGUACAUAAUAUGGUAUAGGUACUUAAGCCAGUUAAGCCACUAUAUUGUGUAUAUUGUUCAAUGCUUGAGUUGAAAAAUUAAUUAUAAGGAGACAUAAUCAAGUCACACAAUAUUAACAAAAAAAAAAAAAAAAAUAUAUAUCCUUUUUAUAUGAGUGAUGCUUUGAUUAAA